AUGGAAAUAUAUUCCAACAACAGACAAGGUUGGUCUAUUUUCCUCUAUUUCUGCAUGUAUUGGGCAAUAUGUGAGUCCUUCCGUUAUUCAGUGCCGGAGGAAAGGAAAAGCGGGUCUCUGGUGGCAAAUGUGCUAAAGGAUUUGAAAUUGGAUGUGAAGGAGCUGGUCAAUCGAAGGGCGCGGCUAGUUUCUGAAGGCACCAAGCAAUAUUUCCAGCUGGAUCCUCACUCUGGGGAUGUGUUAUUGAAGGACAGAAUAGACCGAGAGGCUUUGUGUGGUCAGAAGGACCCUUGUGUCUUACUCUCAGAGAUUGUGCUGGAAAACCCAGUGCAAGUGCACAGAAUUGAAGUGGAAAUAGAGGAUGUGAACGACAACUCUCCCCAGUUCUCUAAAAAGGAAUUCCUUUUGGAAAUGCCUGAGCAAACUCCCCUGAAUACUCGAUUCCCGCUGGAGAUUGCUAAAGAUGCAGACAAAGGAGAAAAUGCUGUUCAGAAUUACUCAAUAAGUCCUAACAAUCAUUUUAGUGUGGAUGUGCAAAAUCGCAGGGAUGGUAGCAAAUAUGCGGAAUUAAUAUUGCAGAAACAAUUAGACCGUGAAGAGAAAGCACAAUGUUCCCUGAUUUUGUCAGCUGUUGAUGGGGGAAGUCCGAGGAAAACAGGCACAGCAAAAAUUGUUAUUGAUGUUCUGGAUGCCAAUGACAAUGCGCCUCAGUUUCAUCAGUCUGUGUACAAGGUAAAACUGAUGGAAAACUGCCUGCCAAAUAUAGUUGUAACUACAGUGAAUGCAACUGACAGGGAUUUAGGCCCCUUUGGAGAUAUAACCUUUUCUUUCAGUCAGCUACCAGAUAAUGUGGCUAGAUCAUUCAAGUUAAAUAAACAUACUGGAGAACUAACCGUAGCUGGAAUAAUUGAUUAUGAAGAAAACACCAACUAUGAGAUAAGUAUUAGAGCCACUGAUGGAGGGGGGCUCUCGGCUUACUGCAAAGUCAUUGUGGAGGUUGAGGACAGGAAUGACAAUGCUCCAGAAGUGACCCUCACAUCCCUCACCAGUCCAUUACCAGAAGAUUCUCCUAUUGAUACACUGGUGGCCCUCUUCCGUAUCACAGAUCGAGACUCUGGAGAUAAUGGCAGAACUGGUUGCGCCAUUGGGAAAAACCUACCAUUCAUGUUAAAAACCUCAGAGAAUAACUAUUACCAGCUGGUGACCCAGCAGUCCUUAGACAGAGAAAAAGCCUCAGAGUACAACAUCACCAUCACAGCCACAGACCGGGGCUCUCCCAGGCUCACUUCAACAAGAAUAAUUAACGUUCAGAUCUCAGAUGUCAAUGACAACUCCCCAGUAUUUGAAAAGUCAAGGUAUGAAAUGCAAAUCCGAGAAAAUAAUAUUCCUGGUCUUUUACUAGGAUUGGUACAUGCUAAUGACCUGGAUACAGAUCAAAAUGCCAAAGUGACCUAUUCACUUUUGCCUGGGAAGGUCAGCGAUCAACCUGUGUCCUCUUACGUCUCCAUCAACUCGGAAACUGGGAAUCUUUAUGCCAUCCGAUCUCUGGACUAUGAGCAGAUAAAAGAUUUCCAGGUGACUGUGAGGGCUGUGGACAGCGGGUCUUCUCCCCUGAGCUCCGAAGUUAUGGUUCGAGUUGUUGUCAUGGAUGAAAAUGAUAAUGCCCCAUUCAUCCUGUACCCACUUCAGAAUGGCACUUCCCCAUCCAAUGACCUGGUUCCUAGGGGGGCCGAGGCUGGCUACCUGGUCACCAAGGUGGUGGCCGUGGACAGAGAUUCCGGUCAGAACUCUUGGCUUUCCUAUGAGCUCCUGAAGGCCACAGAACCAGGCCUAUUCAGUGUGGGGGCACAGAAUGGAGAAGUGAAAACCAUGAGAGCAAUUAAUAAAAGAGACAGCUUGAAACAGAAACUUAUCAUUGGAGUCAGAGACAAUGGGAGCCCUCCCCAGUCCACCUCUGCAACGCUAAGCAUUCUGCUUGUGGAUGGUUUCUCUGACCCUUAUAUGAAAAUAGUGGAUAUCCCAAAGGAGGAAGUGGUGCAGGAAGAAGACCGUAACCUGACUAUGUAUCUGGUCAUAUGCUUGGCUGUCAUCUCCUUCAUUUUUCUGGUUUCUGUGUUGGUGUUUAUUGCCAUCAAGAUUCAGAAAAGGAGGAAGUUCAUAGAGACCUCCACCUUGAAUUUCCCAGUGGGACCGAAUUUCCCAGAGAACUGUGGAGAUGUUGAUGCUGGAACCCUUUCCCGGGCUUACAACUAUGAAGUGUGCUUAGCUGGUGGGUCUCUGAACAGCGAGUUCCGGUUUCUUAGGCCCCUUUUCCCAGUAUUUUCUGUGGAGCCUCCUCACAAGAAGGAGGAAUCAAGGAUUUCAUCUUCUCAGGAAGUUUCCAGUCAUGCAGCAGAAGGUCAACUCAUGAACCAGGUGAGAAUACAAUCGACAUCUUAUUGUUAA